CUAGGCCAAAGAAAUGGGAUAUUGUAUAGCUCCAAGGUUUGAAGUAGUAGUUGUUGGAAACACUUUCACGUGCUCACCUUCUUCCUUCUAAUUACAGUAAGAUCAAAAUUGUACUAAAAUCCUCUAUUUAAUGAACCAACUCUGCCACCAAAAAUUAGAUAACGAUUCCUUUGUUGGUGUUCCAAGACUUUCAGACUUCAGAACAUUGACUUGGAAUCAUCAACCCCUCGAACUUCACAAAAAUCAGAGAAACCAAAAAACCUAGGAAUUACCACUAAUGGCCACCCAACCAAUCGUCAAGAAGACUGCGUGCGUUGUCGGCGGCAGCGGUUUUGUAGCGUCUCUACUGAUCAAGCUAUUGCUUGGGAAGGGCUAUGCCGUCAAUACCACUGUCAGAAACCCUGACAAUGAGAAAAAGAUAUCACACCUCAAAGCACUGCAAUCUUUGGGCGAGCUUAAAAUAUUUGGUGCUGAUCUAACUGAGGAGGGAAGUUUUGAUGCCCCUGUAGCAGGUUGUGACCUUGUCUUCCAUGUUGCAACCCCAGUCAACUUUGCCUCAGAGGACCCAGAGAAUGACAUGAUCAAGCCGGCGGUCCAAGGUGUACUAAAUGUUCUGAAUGCUUGUGCAAAAGCUAAAACAGUCAAACGUGUGGUCUUGACAUCUUCAGCAGCAGCUGUAUCAAUCAAUACGCUUAAAGGGACAGAUUUGGUCGUGGAUGAAACCAAUUGGACUGACGUCGAGUUUUUGAGUACACAGAAACCACCUACCUGGGGCUAUCCAGUCUCCAAGACAUUAGCAGAGAAGGCAGCAUGGAAAUUCGCUGAAGAAAAUAAAAUUGAACUUAUCACUGUGAUCCCUUCUCUUAUGACUGGUGCUUCUCUCACACCAGACAUCCCAAGCAGCAUUCAACUAGGAGCAUCUUUACUGACAGGAAAUGAGUUCCUCAUAAAUGCUAUGAAAGGUAUGCAUAUGCUAUCAGGUUCUAUCUCCAUUACACAUGUGGAGGAUGUUUGCCAAGCUCAUAUAUUUUUGGCCGAGAAAGAAUCUGCUUCUGGUCGUUACGUAUGCUGUGCUAUCAACACCAGUGUUCCCGAGCUAGCAAAGUUCCUAAACAAAAGAUAUCCACAGUACCAAGUCCCCACUGAUUUUGGAGAUUUCCCAUCCAAGCCCAAGUUAAUUAUCUCUUCUGAGAAGCUAAUCAAGGAAGGAUUCAGUUUUAAGUACGGGAUUGAAGAUAUAUACGACCAGACUGUGGAGUACAUUAAGGCUAAGGGGCUGCUCAAGCACUAAAGAGUGUAACUGGUUUAUAAUCCUGUCAUAUAUAUCCAUAUAUGUUUUAGAUAUAUAUAUAUAUAUAUAUGUGUGUGUGUGUGUGUGUGUGUGUGUGUGUGUGUGUGUGGAUCGUUCAUGUAGGACUGGCAGUGACGAUCCUGUUGCAUGAAUCCUUUAUGUAUUCUCAUUUUAAUUUGCUUGAGCGCGGUACUAGAACUAGCUUGAUGUAUAUAAUGAAACUAAUUAUCUUCGAGCAAAUUGACAGCCCUGCUUUAAAAUAUAUAAUACAUCAGUAUUUGCUUACAA